AUGUGUGAGAAGAACUGUUGUAAUCAUACACACCACGCAAUCUUCUUCUUCUUCCUCCUCUCCCUUCUACUCUUGCUUAACGCCUCCAAUAUCAACCUUUUCAACCACUCCACACGGCCGUCCCACGGUGCAAAAGCCGGUGAAAACGAUGCCGGUUCUCCCUCUCCUCCAUGUGGCACCACCGGCACCACUAAGAUGGUUAUGGCUUUUCUAUAUGGCGCCUUAUUCACAUUGAUCCUUACUAUAGUUACAAACAACUCGGGAUUAUCCUCUCCUAAACACAAUGACGAGAGGGCGGCCUACUCCGGCGCGGGCCCUUCCGAUCGUACGACAUUUACGAGAUCUAUCGUUGAUGACGAUGAGGUGGUCGAGGGAGGAGGAGUCGGGGUCGGGUUCGCCUUGCUGAGGACGUUUCCGACGUUUGCUUACUCGGUGAGGCGGCCGCCGAAGAUGGGGAAGGGGUCGCCGUUUUGUGUGGUUUGUCAAAGUAAGUUUAGAGAUGGAGAGUUGGUAAGAUGGUUGCCUGAAUGUGAUCAUAUGUUUCAUCUUUCUUGUAUCGAUAAGUGGUUGACUUCUCAUAAGACUUGCCCUUCUUGUCGUGAUGAUCUUGAUAUUACCACAACUAGUCAUGGAUCUAUUUCAAAUAAUGGUACUAUUUCUAAUGAGAUUUAUGAUUAUUUCAAUAAUGAGUAUAAUUUAUAUCUAGGGUAA